GCGCGCUGGGUCCAGAUGAGUUUAGUCGGCGUUGACGGUCUGUGUUGUAUGAAUGUGUGGAGGGUGAGCUGAGCGCGCAGGGGGGGGACAACGGGAGUGUUGGGGAUGUGGCCGCAUGGAGCCACGACGCAACAACGCAGCUCGUCAUCAUCGUGACCUGAGGAGAAUCACGACGGGAUUAUUUCAGUGACGUGAAUUCUUUCUUCUUUUUUUUUUAACAUACGUGGAGCCGCAGCUGGGAGACGCGUUUUGCAUCAUCCCCUGGGUUUGCGCUUUAAAAAAAACCCAAAAACUAUUACGUUUCCAUCAAAGGCAUUUCACUGUUGGCACCUUGAACUUGCUCAGACUAUCUUUCCUUUUUUUCCCUUUUCUCUCCUCCUGUGAAGUGGGGAGACAGGGGGGGGGGCUGCGCUCUGCGUGGACGCGCGGGUGAGAUUGCGCCGGUGAAGUCAGAGUGUUUGCGGAUUUGCGCCACAGGAAGACGCCGCUUCGUGCCCUGUGCACCUGUGGACGCCAACAAAUCCCAAAUACGGAAAAGAAAGAAGAGUGCUUUUUUUUUAUUGUUUCCCCCCCCUACACAGUCGUUUUAUUUUUUCGAUUCUAGAGUCUUUCCAAACCAUCGGAGCGCGUCUGUCGGAUGCGCGUCUGCACUGCCCGGCGGUCGGCGGAGAAGCUCUGACGCGUGUGGAUGGGCUCAGUCGGUCUGCGUGCGUCCUAACUACCCGCGACGACGAUGGCAUCACACGGAUUCUGGUCUCUCGGCGGAGACAAUGCCGAGAGUCAGAGCCCCAGUACGCCCAGGGCUUGGUGCCAAGCGGCGGCCCAGAAAUUACCCGGAGGAUUUGGAUCCAAAUUAUGUGCGCUGCUCAGUGUCGGGGAGGUGGAGAAGCCCGUCGACGCGGCCGACAAGCAGCAGCAGCAGGAGCAGGAGCAGCCGCCGCAGACGACCGCAGGCAACUGCGGCUGCAACAAAUCCUGCAACUGCACCAAAGCGGCCGUGGACUACUCCGACCUCUAUUCAACAGACCUGUUACCUGCGAUGGACGGCGACGGCAAGACGCUGACCUUCCUGCAGGAGGUGGUGGACAUCCUGCUCGCCUACAUCGUGGAGUCGUUCGACCGCGACACGAAGGUGAUCGACUUCCACUACCCGAACGAGCUGCUGCAGAAGAACAACUGGGAGCUGCAGCACGAGCCGGCGACGCUCGACGACAUCCUGGUCAGCUGCCGCGCCACGCUCAAGUACGCCAUCAAGACAGCCCACCCCAGGUACUUCAAUCAGCUCUCCACAGGAUUAGACAUGGUCGGACUGGCAGCCGAUUGGCUCACGUCCACCGCCAACACCAACAUGUUCACCUACGAGGUGGCCCCCGUCUUCGUGCUGCUGGAAUACGUCACUCUGAAGAAGAUGAGGGAGAUCAUCGGCUGGGCCGAGGGCCGAGGGGACGGCAUCUUCUCUCCUGGUGGAGCCAUUUCCAACAUGUACGCCAUGCUGCUGGCCCGCUUCAAGAUGUUCCCCGAGGUGAAGGAGAAAGGAAUGUCAUCCGUUCCCAGACUGGUGGCCUUCACGUCGGAACACAGCCAUUUUUCAAUCAAGAAAGGAGCUGCCGCUCUCGGCAUCGGGACGGAAAGUGUGAUCUGCAUCAAAGCGGAUGAAAGUGGUAAAAUGAUCCCGGCCGACCUGGAGAGGAGAAUACUGGAGGCCAAGCAGAAGGGUUUCGUUCCUUUCUUCGUGAGCGCAACCGCCGGAACAACCGUGUACGGAGCCUUCGACCCGCUCAUCGCCAUUUCCGACGUCUGCAAGAAGUACAACGUCUGGAUGCACGUGGACGGUGCGUGGGGGGGGAGUCUCCUCAUGUCCAGGAGACACAGGUGGAAGCUCGACGGAGUCGAGAGAGCCAAUUCAGUGACAUGGAACCCGCACAAAAUGAUGUCGGUCCCUCUGCAGUGUUCCGCCCUGCUGGUCAGAGAGGAGGGUUUGAUGCAGAACUGCAACCAGAUGCACGCCUGCUACCUGUUCCAGCAGGACAAACACUACGACCUGUCCUACGACACCGGGGACAAGGCGCUGCAGUGCGGACGCCACGUGGACAUCUUCAAGCUGUGGCUCAUGUGGAGGGCCAAGGGCACCAUCGGCUUCGAGGCUCAGAUCGACAAGUGUCUGGAGCUGUCGGAGUAUCUCUACAACAAGAUCAAGGACAGGGAAGGAUACGAGAUGGUCUUCGACGGGAAGCCUCAGCACACCAACGUCUGCUUCUGGUACCUGCCUCCCGGGAUCCGCUACAUGGAGGACAAAGAGGAGAGGAAGAAACACUUGCACAAGGUGGCCCCCGUGAUCAAGGCCAGGAUGAUGGAGUACGGGACGACCAUGGUCAGCUACCAGCCGCAGGGGGACAAGGUCAACUUUUUCCGCAUGGUGAUCUCGAACCCGGCCGCCACCUUCGCGGACAUCGACUUUCUUAUCGAGGAGAUCGAGCGACUCGGCCAGGAUCUAUAAGACUCGUCGCGACCGCGUUCCCCUCCUUGCCCCCCCCCCCCCCCCCCCCCCCCCCCUUUGACGGAUGAAUUGUUUUUGUUGUGAAUGUAACCGGUAAUCUUCUUUUCCUUAUCUCUCUCUCUUUCGCUCUCUUUCCUGCAAAGUCACAUAUUUAAGAGUAUAUUUGGGUUUUAAAGAAAACAAAAGAGAUACACAGAUAUAUAUAUAUAUAUAUAUAUAUAUAUAUCCAUAUAUUAUGUAUUGUAGCUUUUGCCGUGGACUGGGCUUGUUCCGACGCUCCGAGUGAAAAGUGCUUCUGUCUGCUUCUCCUGUAGUGUGGUGUAGAUCCCAGAGUAGUGUCAGUGACGUAACUCUCCGUGUUCUUCUUCGUGAUAUGAAAACGCUUGUGCAAUAUAGGUCGACGACCAAGACUUUAUUGAAUUUUUUUUUUCGAAUCGUCUCUCGUUUUUCAGAGUAUGUUGUCGAAAGUGCCAAAUGUGGUUCGUGUUCCAUUGUCAUUUUACGAUCGUAACUCAACUUUAAAAAAAGGAUGAAAAAAAACAAACAAACAAACAAGAAAAAGCACCUCACCUUACCUCAGCUUAAUCGACUGCCUUCACGUCCGCGCACAAUCCUGGAUAAGUUCUCACGUAGUAAACCAGCACGUGUAUGAGAGACAGAAACAAAACAGGUGUUCGGAUUUGGAAACAUUCGCAAGAAAAGGAGGAACGGACCCGUUUUCCUUGGAAAGUGCAAAAACGCAGAAAAAGUCAAUUCAAAGGUUUGUGUUUUUUUUUAUGGAUGUGGUCGCGUCACGCGUCGUCUUGACCUCUGACAGUUGGACUUUUCGUCUCCUGUCGCCAGAUUCAUGCAGAUAUCAACGCGGGCAUCAUUUCCAUCUUCAGCCGUGCUGAGUGAGCUUGACAUUAUCCUUAAGACGUUCUUCAUUUCAACUCGAGAUCAUCGAGAUUCAUGGCCAAUCGAAAUGUUUGUGGAGGCCUCUGGGUAUUUUACUUCUCGGCAGAGUUACGGCUCUGAAAGAUUUGAAUUUAGGACUUAAUGGAUCAGAUUCCUCUUGAGGGGUUUGUGCCAUUCAGGAAAAAAUGUAUUUGGUCUUUUCACAGCCAUUUCUUUUGUGAUGGUUGUGAGAACCAUAACAUUGAUCAAUACUCCAACACUCUAUAUUAAUGAAACAACAUUACUACAGGAUUGAAAUCCUGAGGACUAUAACUUGUCAUUGUAGAAGUUUUUUCGGCUGUUUGGGGGUUUUUGGACGAGCAGUUGACUGAAAGAUGGAGGAUCUUGAGAAACGUUAGUUAACGCGUUAGUUAUGAUUAUAGAUACUUCACCAGAUUUGCAGCUACUUGAGUACCUGACUUUACUUGCACUAGAACCAUCCCCGGGGGGCGGGGGGCGAGGAGGUCGUCCCCCGAGCAUCGCAACUGAGAUUUCUUCUUAAUUCAUUCGCAAGCAAUAUUCAAAUGAAGUGUGUGGGUCCAAUCUGUUUGCCCUGCGAAAAAAAAAUCAAAAGACAAGAAGUGAGCUCAAGUGUACAAUAGUUAACGAUAAUCAAGUGUCCAGACCAAAUGCAUCGCCGAUAGCAAAAAAAAACGUUUAAAAAAAAAAACGUUUUAAAAAGAAAAACUCGCUGACCGUGGGCGGCUCAGUCGACGUGAGCGCGAGCCGCGGUUCUGUAGCAUUUCCACUAGAACAAGUUAGAAAAGCACAAAUUUGCUCAACAUCGGUCAGUCAGUGUACAAUCACUUUUGAUCAUAGAUUGUAAAUAGUAUUUCGAGAUGUCCUGAGUACAUAUCUUUGUGUAUACAUGUGUGUAUAUAAGACAUAUAUAACCAGAGACUAUUUGUGAGGUAAAGUUGUUCAUAUUUUCUCAAAAUCUCCGAUAUAUAGAUCUACUUGUAUUUUCAUCCUGUUGGUCCAAAAGGCUUUUUUUGUUUUUCUGUGCGCGUGUGCGUGUGUGUGCGCGUGUGUGUGUGUGUGUGUGUGUGUGUGUGUGUGUGUACGUCACACGCUGUGUGACACGUUUCAGGGACUGGCUUUUGAAAGAAAUUGACGGAUUUCCCCACGAGUCUCACUCAAAGACGAGAAGCGGCAAGACUCUGGUGUUGGGACUUUACAUGAUUAUGCAAAGCCAUUUUUGACUCUGAAGCCCCGUGUUUUCCCUUUCGUUGUGUGCGUGUGUGCGUAAGUGAAACUUAUGACGCUGGCGUGUGCCGACGUGUUCCUUCGUGUGUCUGUAACUGUGUUGCCUUAGUAUCAACUUGCCAGUAUCGUCUAGUUUCUCCUCCGCAAGGGGGAGGUCGUGCACUUUAGAGUAUUUACACAUGACCUAAUAAACGUGCAAUGUCCAAUGGUUGUUAAUGUUCCAAAAAAAAAAACUAAAAAACUACUGUUAAUAUAUUUAAGAAAAAUGUAACUUAAGCUCUUCGGUCUGAAUGUGUCGCGAAUCAAGGGUCUGUUGAAAGAUUUUCUUUUUUGCAGUUUGUUGAUGGUAAAGCUUCUUCAUCGUGUCUAACAGGAAGAAGUCUAGAGUUCUCAAAAAGUUUAUUGCUUUUCUUUAACCCCAAAUUCAUUUUUGGCGUCCACGCGCUGUGACACGGGCGACUUCAGGCGAAGAAAUCGGGCCGUGGCCGCCGCGGAAAAACCCCCCCCCCCGCACGCGUCGCAUCUCUCGCUGCCGCCGCCGCCGCCGCCGCUACACUUUGCUUCCUUUGCACGUGCAUGCGAUGCCUUGCCUAUCCAGUUUGUUUGAUGUACUGUACAGUGUCGUCUAUAAUCUAUUUAUAUACAUAUAUAUAUAUAUAUAUACUCGUAUACAAGUAUGUGUAGCACCUGUAAUUAGCUUGGCGUGUCCGACGUAUACCUCUAUAGCCUGUAGAUUAGUGCACUGUCGCUCUGGCCUUUACGUGUGACCUCUUGUCUUUGGGCUUCCUAUGACCGUCUCUCCGUGCCGCCGCCGCCGCCGCAGCCAGCAUGCUAUAAACUCUCGCCUAGCAUUGUACUCCUCGCCACGCUCGAUCUGACUAUCUAUCCUCUGUCCUUUUUCUCUUCGCCUCGAAGACUGUCGCCGCUCAGAAGUAUUAUAUCUUACGUGUGUAGUUACCCUCUCAGCAUGUCUCUCUCUCUCUCUCUCUCUCUCUCGUCUCUUCUGCUUCCCGCUCCUGUCUCGACCUCUUUCUGUCUUUUUCUCUAUCCGCUUUCGCUCGGCCGGCAGCAGCGAGAAAAUAAAUGUCCUAGCGGCUUCCCAUACGCCCCGUUCCCGGCGUAACCGCUGCCGUUCGGUUUGGUCGCGUGCCGACUCGUGUCACAGUGCCACGGUGGUUUUUGAUUUUGUUUUUGGCCCGGGCCCUCGACGCGACGGGAUGUAUGAGAAGGAGAAUUGAUAUAUACUUGUCUCACGCAGGUGUUCUUAGCCUUUAACACAAAAAAAAGAUACCCUGGUUUCUCGCUUCCAGGAAAUAUUUUAAUGUUUAUGAGAACAAUUUAAAACCCCUUCUCCUCAAGAGUGCGGCUCACUUUCACUAAAUAUGGUGCAAUUAUGAAUCAUAUAUUCUGCAAACUGCUGUGCUCGCUUCUCCAAAACAUCCAUUUGUCCUGAUCUAGUGUUACUCUUGGGAAAAAUAGAAAUAAAUAUUGUCUAAACAAA